AUGGAAGACACUGUCUCCGGCGCCUUCGACGAACAAGCGGAAUCUCAGAAUGAGACGACUCAAUCAUCACCAGCACCUGCAGUCAACGAAGUCGAGAAGGCAUCCCUAGAAGAUAUGUUUGACGACGACGAUAUGGACGAAGAUGACGAGUUCUCCUCAAGUGCUCAAACAAAGACUCAAGCCUCCUCACAGCCAGCACCGGGGCCGGCUGCUACCAACGCCAACAAAGAUGCCGAGGUCUUGCGUGCUUUCUACCAGCGACUAUUCCCCUUCAAAUAUUUGUUCCAAUGGCUCAACCACUCCCCGACCACAACAACUGAUUUCAGCAACCGUGAACUGGCCUUUGUCCUGCCCAACGAUGCAUACAUCCGUUAUCAAUCAUUCAACUCGGCUGAAGAGUUGCGCAAGCAGUGCAUCCAGCUCACACCCACUCGUUUCGAGAUCGGUCCUGUAUACUCUGCCAACCCCCGAGACAGGAAAACACUACGCAAUGCAAGUGCUUUCCGCCCACUGGCCAAAGAGCUCGUCUUCGAUAUCGAUAUGACCGAUUAUGAUGAGAUCAGAACCUGCUGUUCUGGAGCAAGCAUCUGCCAGAAGUGUUGGCAGUUUAUAACUAUGGCCAUCAAGGUCAUAGACAAGGCAUUGAGGGACGACUUUGGUUUCAAGCACAUCAUGUGGGUCUACUCCGGUAGACGUGGUGCUCACGCCUGGAUCAGUGACAAGCGAGCAAGAGAGAUGGACGACAACAAGCGUAGGUCAAUCGCCGGCUACCUUGAGCUUCUUAAGGGAGGUGAUAAAACCGGUAAGAAGGUGAACCUGAGGAGACCUCUGCACCCACACAUCGAUCGCAGCUUGAAGAUCUUGAAUGGUUAUUUCCAGACAGAUGUGCUGCUAGAGCAGGACCCGUGGGCAUCUCCCGACAAGGCAGCACACUUGCUGCAGCUCAUACCAGACAAGAAUCUCACGGCUGCAUUGCAAAGAAAAUGGGACAGCACGCCGCAUCGCAGCAGUACUCAAAAAUGGGCCGAUAUUGACGCCGUCGCAUCUGUCUCCGGAUCCCUUUCCAGCCUCACGCCUGAGACAUUGGUACACGCCAAACAAGACAUUCGCCUAGAAUACACGUACCCACGUCUUGAUGCCGAGGUCUCAAAGAAGCUCAACCAUUUGCUCAAGAGUCCGUUCGUUAUCCAUCCAGGCACAGGCAGAGUGUGCGUUCCGAUCGACAUCCGACGGUUUGAAGAGUUUGAGCCGGAGAAGGUCCCGACUGUACAGCAGCUGCUAGCCGAGAUUGACUCGUGGCAGGGGACUGAUGACAAGAUACAAGAUUGGCAAAAGACUAGCCUCAAGCCUUACAUUGAGCUGUUCAGGGAUCAUGUGAACGCGGUCAUGAAGGACGAGCGAGCUGCUGAGAAGCGAGGGCGCGAGGAGAAUGGAGAAGGAGUGGAUUUCUAG